AUGGACGUUCGGCCGCUUCGCACCUGCACUCUUUGUCGCCAGCGCAAGGUCAAAUGCGACCGGCAACAACCUUGCUCCAACUGCACUAGAGCCGCGACAGAGUGUGUCUACCCGGCAGGCUUAGGUCGCGCCCCCAAGCGAGCUCGCAAGGCCGUUGAAGCACGGCUACUAGCGCAAUUAUCUCGAUUGGAGUCCGUGGUCAAACACAUGGAAACGCACUCGCCGAACGCGACUCCCAGCAAUAUGCCGCAAUCUCAGCCCGAGGGGUGCAGCCCGGAGAUCGAGCAGCAGUUUGGCCGGCUGGUGAUCGACGACAUGCAAAGCUGCUAUGUGAGCAGUGCGCCGUGGACCCAACUGGGAGACGAGAUUGAUGAACUCCGCGACCUCCUCAACCAGCCCUCUUCCGACGAUGAGGAGCAACCCACAAUCACUGGGUUGGAAAGCACCGGAUCCAGCAGCGCUCUUUUCGGCUUCCGGGCGCUGGCACAUUCGCUCAGAGACUUUCAUCCUCAAGUUCACCAUGCUGUCGUGUUAUUCGAUACAUUCAAUGUCAAUGUCGCUCCUCUGGUUCGCGUCUUCCACAUGCCCACUUUGCAUCGGUUGUUCUGGGACGCCAUUGCGUCAAUGGACAGCCUUGACAAGAACAUUGAAGCAUUACUAUUCGCAAUAUAUUACAGUGCAGUCAUUAGCCUCGAUCCUUCACAAUGCUUUGACCUUCUAGGCAUCUCGAGAGCUUCAGCGCUAGAGAUGUACCGCUUCGCCGUCGAACAGGCCACAGCGCGCGCUGAUCUCCUCAACACUCAGAACUUGAUCUUGUUACAAGCAACCGUUCUCUUCCUCACAGCGCUCCGGAAUGAAGACGAUUCCCGCACCGUCUGGUCGCUUACGUCGCUUGUAUACCACAUUGCGCAGGCCAUGGGUCUCCAUCGCGAUGGGGAACAGUUCGGUCUGAGGCCUUUAGAGACUGAGCUGCGAAGGCGCCUCUGGUGGCAUAUAUGCCUGCUCGACAACCGCUCAACGGACUACCAUGGCAGCGAACCAAUCGUGCAUGAAUCUAUUUUCGACACCAAGAUGCCACUGAAUAUCAACGACGAUGAUAUCACAGCCGAGAUGACCCAGACGCCUGUCGAGCGAGAAGGUAUAACAGAGAUGACAUUCUGCCUUAUGCGCUGCCAUGCCAUGCGUGUAGUCUGGCAAGUUGGGUAUAUGGCUCCUCGCAGCACAUGCAGGUCGGCGACAGCAGCAGAUAACAAUCUAGACUCGGCCAAACGAGAAGCUCUUGUGACUGACCUCGAGCGCCUUCUACAAGACCGGUUUUUGAAGCAUUGCGACCUCAGCAUCCCGUUCCUCCGCCUCUCCGCAUCUAUAGCUAGAAUAAUAACCCUUCGCAUGUGGAUGGCUAUUCUCGUCCCAAGCUGUCACGCCGACGAGACCAUCCGAGAACGCCUCUUCACUGAAUCUAUCGAAAUGCUCGAGAUAUCGAACGACAUACUAACAUGCGACGACAUCCGUCAGUGGGCGUGGCACUCUAAGACACACGUGCAAUGGUACUCGAUCGCCUUCCUGCUCGCCGAGCUAUGCCGUAGGCCUCCAGGAAUAUUAUGCGACCGCGCCUGGGAAUGCGUCAGCGCGGUAUAUGAGCGAUGGAGUAACAUGGAAACGGAGAAGAAAGGGCCCUUGUGGCGGGCAAUUCGGCGGCUUAUGGCGAGGGCAAAGUAUGUGCGAGAGCUGCAAAAGACGGCUUCUCAUUCUGAUGGAACAGGUACGCGGCAUCGAUGGAGAAUUGCAGGAGAAUCGGCGACACCUAGCGAAAAGGAAGCAGGUCGAACGGGGUCGGAUGACUUCAUUCUGAUUCCUCAGAGUCAAGAGUGUUGGCCGAGCGACCCAACUGAUGAUCCAUUCCUGGACAUACUUCCUUCGGACACACUUGGGCUUCUUGAUGAUUCGUUGGACGUCUUGGGAGUAAUGUUGGAGACGAACAGAUUUCCCGGUGCGGCUGGAUGA